UGAGGGCGGCCAUUCGGACCGGCGGGGAUGUGGGCGGAAACGAACCCGCGCUCAGUGAGAGGCAGACGGUCUGUGGAGCAGCAGCGGGAGGAGAAGCCCGGAGAGGGACACGCACACAGGGACGAACACCUCCGGCUGGUUCCCGGCUCUUUUUUCUACAUUCCAAGCGGACUUUUUUCACCGGCGGAAUGUUCUCGACGUCUUGGAGAUGCUUGCUGCUGGUGGUCGUCUGCGGCUGCGCGACGUCGCGUGCGCUAAAAAACGACUCCCUUCCGAGGACUUUUAUCCGCUUUUCAGAUCCCUUCACAGAUGAACCCAUAGACAUGGAUUCAGUUAUCGGACUAGAAACAAACAAAUCCACUCCCUUCAGCAGGAAUCGAGAAACAAACCAAAGUGCCCCGCGACACCGACUGAGCCUGUCGGAGGAAGCCCGGCUCUUCCUCACCGGCUCCGUCUCCACCAUCCUCAUCCCGUCUUUCUACACGCUGGUUUGCUGCAUCAGCGUCCCCAUCAACAUCUUGGCGGUUCUGGCUUUUGCUCGGGGGAUCCGGCCCAAAAAGCCGGCGGCCAUCUACAUGCUGAACUUGGCGGCCACGGACCUGCUCUUCGCCCUCCUGCUGCCCUUUAAGAUCUCCUACCACUUUGAGGGCAACAACUGGAGAUUCGGCGAGUUCAUGUGCCGCGCGGUCACGGCUGCUUUCUACUGGAACAUGUACUGCUCCGUCCUGCUCAUCACAUGCAUCAGCAUCGACCGGCUGCUCGCCGUGGUCUACCCCAUUGACUCCCUGACGUGGAGGCGGCCUCAAAACUCCGUCAAGGCCUGCAUAAGCAUGUGGAUCCUAUCCCUGGCUGGCUCUAUCCCUCUCGUGAUCUCCAAGCAGACCUUUGACCUCCCAGACCUGAACAUCACCACCUGCCACGAUGUCCAGAGUUCAGAAAGCAUCAUGUGGCUCAGGCUGUACUUCAUCACCCUCUGCUGUGCCCUCUUCUUCCUCCCUCUGUUGGUCACCAUGGUGUCCUACUCCCGGGUGAUUUGGAGCCUGAGCAGCAUUCCUCGCGGCAUUCCGGGAAGCUCUCGCAGGAGAACCCGAGCCGUGGUGAUGGUUCUGAUGGUGCUGGUCAUAUUCUUGCUGUGCUUCUUUCCCACAAACUGCCUGCUGCUGGCUCACUACCUGCUGUUUGACCAAGACCUGGAGAAGAACCGGGACACUCCGGACGGAUCCUACGGACUCUACCUGCUCUUCAUGUGUUUGGGAAGUCUGAACUGCGUCCUGGAUCCACUCGUCUACUACUUUGGAUCGUCACAGUGCCAGAGACAACUCUCCAGCCUGCUGACGUGCGAGAGGAUCAAGGACAGGGGAGACAUCUCCCACUCCAGCUCCAAUUCAUGUCGAUCUAGCAAAAGAGCGAUCCUCAAAUCCAGCUGCACGGAAAGCUCCAAGUUGAACUCCUCGAUUGUGAAGACAGACCCUCGGGAGGAAGGCCUCCAAAGCCAGUACAGGAAGCUACUGGUGUGACCGAGCUGCAGAUUCUGAGUUUUUAAGAAAACUGACAUUUUAUGAAGUGAGUGAAUGAGCCUCUUCAGCUGCUGCUUUUCUUCCAUGAUAGACAUUUUCUCUUGACUAAAUGAAGUAAAGCAGGAAGGACAUUCAGAUAAGAUAGACAUGCGUCACAUGCUUCUGGCUUUGCUCUCUUUGUGAGUUUUUGCUAAAUAUGUUGUCAGUUAAAGGAAGGAAACUGCUCCCCUUUUUGCAGAUAAGCCCACCUUCUAAGCACUUGAGGAAAAGCUUCAUGUUUGUCUUUUUUAUUUUAUAUUUUUGAAGUUUGACUUUUAAUAAAUGCUUUUUACUCUG